AUGGGCCGAGCAUUUUCGAGGUGUCCUCAACCGCCCUUCCGUCAUCUCCGACGCCGCCAUCGAGCGUUUGCCGCAAGUGGAGACCAACGCGACCUCGAACUCCCGCCAUCUCUCCAGGAAACCAUCAGGGCCGUGCAGCAGCUCUCCAGCGGGAAAGCAUACGGAUCGGACGCAAUCCCUGCUGAGGUCUACAAGCACGGAGGUCCCCAACUCAUGGAUCACCUGACUGCGCUCUUCCAGGAGAUGUGGCGUCAAGGUGAAGUCCCGCAAGAUUUCAAGGACGCAACUAUCGUGCACCUAUACAAGCGAAAAGGGAAUCGCCAAGUCUGCGACAACCACCGCGGCAUCUCCCUACUGAACAUCGCCGGGAAGAUCUUCGCUCGCAUCCUGCUCAACCGCCUCAACAACCAUCUGGAACAGGGCCUUCUGCCGGAAAGCCAAUGCGGCUUCCGUCGUCAUCGUGGGACCACGGAUAUGAUCUUCGCAGCCCGCCAACUUCAGGAGAAGUGCCAGGAGAUGCGGACCCACUUAUACUCUACCUUCGUGGACCUGACGAAGGCCUUCGACACGGUGAAUCGUGAAGGACUGUAG